AUGGCCGAAGACGAGUAUCGAGUGUAUCCAAAGCGUUGGAUUUAUUUGCUAGCCGCUUGUUUAAUCAACUUCUCAAAUGGAAAUACGUGGAUCACAUUCGCCGCAAUCACAUUCUAUACAAAUGACUAUUAUGCAAAUAAUAAUGCAGCCCUUCUUUUUAAUGUUAUCUUCAUGGUGUUAUCAAUUCCGGUCGGAUUUUUGGCUUGCUGGUGGAUAGACAAAUUUGGAUUGAGAUCUGCGUAUCAUAUUGGAGCAUGGUCAAAUUUAAUUGGUAACAUCGUGCGAUUAGUUGCAUCUGGUUCAUUCGUUGACCCUAGUCUCAGGUUUCCGAUUGCAUUCACCGGACAAGCGAUUGCAGCAUUUGCACAGCCGUUCGUGAUGUUUCUACCGACGAAAUUAGCGGCGUAUUGGUUCGCGGAUAACGAGAGAGCUACCGCAAACACACUCGCCUCGAUGUCUAAUCCGAUCGGAAUAGCAAUUAUGUACUCAAUGGCACCUGUCUUUGUGAACAAAUCCACACCGGAUAAUUUCUUUAAUAUGAAUAUCGCUGUAACUGCUGUUGCAGUAGUUCCAGUUUUGUUAUCAUUCUUUGUUAAUCGAUCGAAACCACCAACCCCAUCAACUCCUUCAAAAGGAAACGACAUUCAAUGUCCAUCUUUUCUAGAAGGCGUUAAAAUAUGCUUCAAGUCCAAAGCGUAUAUGGUUCUCGCGUUAUGUUUAGGUGGCGGUGUUGGCUUAUUUAAUGCUUUAUACAAUAAUCUUCAGCCAGCUCUUUGUGUUAAAGGAUAUAAUCCUACAUUUAAUGGUGGAAUGGGAACAUUGCUUAUUUUAUCUGGUUUCGUUGGGUCUGCAAUUAGCGGUAUAAUCGUUGACAAAUGGGGAAAGUUUGAACAAGUCAUGAAGGUUGCUUUCUGUAUUGCUGGCGUUGCCGCUGCCUCAUUAUCAAUUUGCAUAAACUAUGAAAACGUGGAAUGGUGGGUGAUUGCCUCGAUAUUUGUAUUUGGCGCCGCGGGCUUCUCAAUUUUCCCGAUUGGAUUGGAGAUGGGAGUCGAAGCGACAUUCCCAGUAGCUGAGGCCACUUCAACUGGUCUUAUCAUUAUGAUAGGACAAGUUCAAGGUGUAUUUUACGUCCUCAUGACAAAUUUAGCAGUUGGAAAACCAACACCUCAUGACCUUGCUAUUCAAACUUGUGUUGAUUCGAAUCAGAAUAUCAAUACAGUCUUGACGUGGAAAUAUCCUUUUAUAAUAUGGCUUGCGUGUAUCUCAGCAUUGAUUAUCAUUUUUGUUUCAUUAUUCUGGCCAAAAUACAAAAGACGGAAUUACGAACAAGGUCAAAAAAUGCAACGGGAAACAAUAUCCAGUGAUCAGACAAUAACGCAUUUUGAUUUAGAAGUGCAACGAACAAAAAUUUAA